GCGGCGCCAGAAGCGGCGCGUUCAAACACACGACUCGUUUCCUGGCGUUCGCGUCGCAGCUCAACCGCCGAAAACACCGAGAAGUGUCCGCUGUGAAGCCGGAGAGGAGCUCUCUUUGCGGGAUGGACGUCCACCACGUUCACGGCGACGUGGCGGAGAUUUCAAAGAAGCUGAACGAGUGUUUAUCUGUGGAUGCAGACGAGCAGGUGGAAACUUACCGCAGAUUAAUUCAAGAUGGUAAAGACGUCGGCCGACAAGGAGACAUGAAGAAAGCGCUGAAGUUCUUCAAACUGGCGUUCGACAUCCGGCAGAGCGACAGACUUGAGAGCAGGAUCAAGAAGAUCGAGGAGCAUCUGGCCGAGGAGGACGAGGAGGAGGAAGACGACUUCGUCGACGUGAACGGCAGCGGCUUGAUGCUUUUCAAAGAGCUGUACGACAAACUUUACAGCUACCAGAGAGACGGCGUGGCCUUCCUGUACGGCCUCUACGGGCGCAAAGGCGGCAUCCUGGCGGACGACAUGGGCCUCGGCAAGACCAUCCAGGUGAUCUCCUUCCUCUCCGGCAUGUACGACGCCGAGCUGGCGAAGCACACGCUGCUGGUCAUGCCCACCUCGCUCAUCACCAACUGGACCAAGGAGUUCGCCAAAUGGACCCCCGGCAUGCGGGUCAAGGACUUCCACGGUACCGUCAAAGAGAGGACCGUGAAUUUGCAAAAGGUUCAGCGGAGGACCGGCGUCGUCCUGACGACGUACACGAUGUUAAUGAACAACUGGCAGCAGCUGUCGUCGUACAAAGGCGGCGAGUUCACGUGGGACUAUGUGAUCCUGGACGAGGCGCACAAGAUAAAAAACACGUCCACCAAAACGGCAAAAAGUACCUACUCCAUACCGGCAAAGAACCGGGUUCUCCUCACGGGCACGCCGGUCCAGAACAACCUGAAAGAGAUGUGGGCUCUGUUUGAUUUUGCGUGCCGCGGCACCCUCCUGGGAACGGCAAAGACCUUCAAGACCGAGUAUGAGAACCCCAUCACCCGGGCCAGAGAGAAGGACGCCACCCCGGGGGAAAUGGCCCUCGGGUUCCGGAUGUCCGAGAACCUCAUGGCCACAAUAAAGCCACACUUCCUCCGCAGAACCAAAGCGGAAGUGCAGAACAAUAACACAAACAUCGCACAACAGGAAGGCCGAGCCCCAAAACUCCCGAAGGACUCCGGAGCCGUCAUGCCGACGCUGAAGAGGAAAAACGACCUGAUCGUCUGGACUUACCUGAGCGCCGUCCAGGAGGACAUAUACCGGCAGUUCAUUUCUCUGGACCACAUCAAGGAGCUGCUCAUGACCACCAGAUCGCCUCUGGCCGAACUCAACAUCAUGAAGAAGCUGUGCGACCACCCGAGGCUGUUCUCCGCCGCGGCCAUCGCCAAGCUGGGCUUGGGGGAAGGUCGAGCUGAGGAUCAGCAGAAUGACACCGGGAGCAUCGCCAACGUGCCCGACGACACCUUGAUAGCCGAGUCCGGGAAGCUGGUCUUUCUGUUUGCUCUUCUGGAGCGGCUCAGAGACGAAGGCCACCGCACGCUGGUCUUCGCUCACUACAGGAAGGUGCUCGACAUCAUCCAGCGCAUCCUCAGGAACCGAGGCUUCAAGGUGAUGAGACUGGACGGGACCAUCACUCAGCUGGCGGAGCGAGAACGGCUCAUCACCCGGUUCCAGACGGACAGAAGCUACUCCGUCUUCCUCCUCACCACCCAGGUCGGAGGGGUCGGGAUCACCUUGACGGCGGCCGACCGAGUCGUGAUCUACGAUCCCAGCUGGAACCCGGCGACGGACGCCCAGGCGGUGGACCGGGCGUACCGGAUCGGCCAGACCGACAACGUGGUCAUCUACCGGCUGAUCACCUGUGGCACGGUGGAGGAGAAGAUCUACAGACGGCAGGUCUUCAAAGAUUCCCUCAUCAGGCAGAACACCGGGGACAAGAAGAACCCGUUCCGGUACUUCAGCAAGCAGGAGCUGAAGGAGCUCUUCAUCCUGGAGGACACGAGGUCUUCGUCCACGCAGCUGCAGCUCCAAGCUCUGCACUCCAGACACCGGCGGACGGACCCCGAACUGGAUGAGCACAUCGCCCGCCUCCACGCCAUGGAGAUGUUCGGGAUCUCAGACCACGACCUCAUGUUCUCCCUCAAUGUCGACCAGGAUGAGGCGCCGGAGGACCAGGAGGCGCACCACUACAUCGAGGGCCGGGUCCAGAAGGCCCAGGAGCUGAUGAAGGCUGAGUCGGAGCUGCAGAUGCAGCUCGCGGAGAGCAUGGCGUCCGGCACAGAAGCGGCUUGGCUCCGACAACCGGAGUCCAACUACAACCGGGAGCGUUCUCACAAGAAUAAACAUCCGAGAGCCAGUCCUUCCUUUCCACAGUCACCGGUGGUGGUGGAGUCGGACCAGUCCGGUUCUGACCAGGAGGGCGUCCCACUGAACGGGAGCCCAGUUAUUGAUCUCACUGCCGAUCAGAGCGCGUCAGAAGAUCCGUCCGUUGUUCUGGAAGGAAGCCGAGAGGAGCUUCCGGAGCGGAGUUUCAUGGAGGAGGAGGACUCCGCCCCUCCGGAGGUGAUCGAGGAGUCUUCGGUGAUGUCGGAUGCCGGGGACACGGCGGACGUCUCCGUUCAGGACCUGGCGGACCAGUCUGAGGCCGAGGGAGACGACGGCCCGGCCUUCGUCACGGCGGGCGAGGGAGACUUCGCCACCCCGCUGAACAAGCGGCUCUCGGUCUUGAAGCUCGACUCAGGCGCCAAACCCGACACGUCAUCGAGACUCGAGUCCUUCGAGGGCAACUUCAAUCUGCAGCUGGAGGAAAGCGACUUGUUCUCGGACCACGAGGUGGUGGAUCCCCAGGAGACCGAGGAGGAGGAGAGGAAGCUGCUGUCUCAGCUGCAGAUGGACGGAAGCUUUGACGUUUACAAAUCUCUUUCUGAGAGUCGACACAAACGAGCUCUCGGCCUCAAUCACGCCUCUGAAACGGACCAAUCCAUGGACGAGUCCAUCGUGGCCACCAAGAAGAAAAGGAGAGCUGUGAUUUAUGACGACGACGACGACGACGACGAUGACGGUGGUGGGGGUCAACUCAACAACUCCUUCCAGGUUCUUGGAGCCUCCACGCCAAAAUCCGGCCCCGCCCCUCUACGGUCAAGAAAGAGCUUUGGCGGAAACACCUCGGUGGCCUCACGCCGCUCCUUCAUUAUGUCCAUGAUUGAAGACCUCGACCCCCGACCGACGGAGGAGGAGGAAGAGGAGGAGGAGGAGGACGAGGACGAGGAGGAGGAGGAGGCUUCUGUGAGGCACUCGGACGAAGAGGAAAUCAUUGGUUCAACUCGUGAUGAGCUUCAGCUGGAGGAGACAGUGGGAGAGACAUUAAACACAGAAGAAGAAGAAGAAGAGGAGGAGGAGGAGGAGGAGUCUAGACAGGAAGUGAUCAGCAACAUGGAGGAGUCUGGACAGGAAGUGAUCAGCAACAUGGAGGAGUCUGGACAGGAAGUGGAGGAGUCCAGCACGCCGGAGCUCGCCUCCGACGAGAAGAUGGAUCAGUGCACCGCGAAGGGCAUCGAGGAGGAGGAGGAGGAGGAGGAGGAGGAGGAGAGCUUCCUCUCGCUGGUCAGAAGGGGGAAGCAGAGGAAGAGCGAAGGGAAGCUGGACGAGGCCUUGGGCUUCUUCCUGAGAGCCAUCGACAUGAAGCCCGGAGACCCUGAAGUCCAGCUCAUGACCAUCCAGCUGUACCGGCAGCAGAGACUGUAACAAAGGAGGAAGACUUCUGUAUUUAUUACGAUCAAGACUUUUUUACCUGUACUUAUUGUACUUUAAGCAAAAUAACAUUCACAGUAAAGCGUUUUUUCGGCUCAAUAACUAAAAACCUUUUGUACCUUUCUGGAAACAUGUUUACUCAAAUUGGCUCUUUUAUAAAAUAAAAAUGUGUUUCUCUA